ACUGUAUAGCAGUAAUAACAAAGAAAAUGUGGAACAGAAGAAUCGAACAAAGAAACUGAAAAACCAGGAACUUAAGUGAAGUAGGGGAAGAAAACGACAAAGGAACCAGACGAACUGAUCAGAGGCGACGUGAAACAGCGUUGACAGAAUGAAAGUUGAAAAACUGAGGGAGGGAGACUAAUUAACAGCCGAACAGGACUCAAAGGCUCUACACAAUCCUGGAAGAAUAGCCAUUGUCAUGGCAACAAGUAAUAGGAUCCUAAUUAAGAAAUGAACCAAAAGGGGAAAAGCAUCAUAAUCAUCUUAGAGAAAUAAAUACAAAUGUAAAGGGAGCAGAACACAAAAACCGAGAAACUAAACGUGAAGAGAUGAAGGAAUGCAGGAGCACCUCUGUAACUAUAACGAAUGGCAAGACCUAAAAAAAACCAUACUAUUGCUAUACUAUCAAUCAAAACAUUAACCUUUUUUUGUGUUGUUUGUUUUUUGGUUAAAUAAAUAAUUUAUCCCUUGUAAGUAUAAUGCAAUAUAAUUCACUAAGCUUUCAAAACCUUGAUAAAUCUCAGGAAUGUCCAUCCACCAGCAGAUUAUGUAGUAUUUAGAUCAUUUAGGUUACAGACCAGAAACAGAUUUAUUACUAUUAAUUCAAACUCUAAGUGUCCUGUAGAGACCCUCUUGGAGCAGCAAACCAGCCUUUUCCCCACUGACCAGCUGUUAAAGCCUAACAGAUAUUGAUUGGUUGCAUGUUUACAGUUAGUUUCAAACUCUGAAGUCCAGGGAUUUAUUUCAGAUUAGUCCGAACAACAAACACUUGAAUGUACAGAAACUGAGAAGGAGAUAAAGUGAUGCUCGGACCUUCGCUCUCAGUCUUUGAAAGCAAAACGGGGUGGGAAUCCAAAAAGCAAAGCAUGACGGUUAGCUUUGAAAAGGCCGGUUCUCACUGUAGGAACAGAUUUUCAGGAUGCAAAGAGUUGUGUUUCUGGUGCCUCUACUGGUUGUUGGAUCGACAUGGACCCACCAGAUGGACCCAGUGAUGGAAAAUAGUCCAGCAACACCAAUGGAGAACUUUGAUUUUGAGCAGUUUACAGGACGAUGGUAUGAAAUGGCUGUGCUGUCCACUUGUCCUCACUACAUGCAGCGCAAGAAGAGAAACCCUGUCAUUAUGGCGCUAGACCUGAAACAUGUUCCUACUCAGCAUAACUUUACAAUGACUUCCUCCACCUUCAAGAAUGGCACAUGUGGGGAGACUUUGACAGUUUAUAGCUUGACCAGCACUCCAGGGCGAUUCUUUCACCGUGUUGCAAGAUUUGGAGCCGAUGUUGAUUCCUUCGUGACUCACACAAACUAUGAUGAGUACGCUCUGAUGCUGCAGCUGAGCACAGAGCAACCAUCGGGAAAUAAAACCACCACAGUUAAACUUUAUGGUCGAACUAUGAGUGUUAGUGCUCCUGUUCUUGAUCAAUUUAAAGCACUCAUCAGACGUCAUGAAAUGAGUGAAGAUGCUGCUAUCAUGAAUCAACACAUAGGUGACUGUUUUCCAGGUAAACAAAUGAUGGAGGAAAGUGCUAACCACCAGGCUUUUGUUCCUCAGAUCUCCAGACAGAAUAUUACAACAGAGGACAAGCAAAGUGAUGUCUGACCAGGCUACAAAUAACUCAUUGUUAGAAAUUUUUAAAAGCCUUGUCUUAGAUUUGAUUUCUGAUGCAGCUCACAGUCUCUCCAACUUUUUGUUUAUGCAUCUUUUAAUAUACAAAGUUUACUUUUGUUUACUUUAGAUUUUCCUCCCAAUUUUAAAUGAGAAAGAACCUUAGUGGUCAACAAUACCACUGUGCUGGAGCAGCUAAAUGAAUUUGCAGUCUUUGUCUGUGACAUAACACAAUUACCCAAUGUUAAAAAAAUGUAUUGUAUUUUAUUUUGUUGUUAUUACUAGUAUUUUUGUAGUAUUAGUAGUAGUAAUUGUAUGCAUGAAUGAACAUAAUGUCUCAAAAUUCAAAUAGUCAGAACUAAAGAUGAAAAAUAAUAAAGAACUAUUUGUUUGUAUGAGAACUGUCUGCUGAACUCUGGAUCCUUUUUAUAUUUGUAAUAUAACUCAAUGCCACAUUGUUCUGAGGAGCUGGUUGAGUAGAAGUUCAACUUCAGCUUCACAUGUUGAGCUACUGAGUUUGAGCACGUUGGGGUGUCGCUAAUGUGGUGCUGCUUUAAACGUACUUUGGCAGGCAGAUGGAUAGUGUUAGCAGGGAGACACCAAAGUGUAAUUUAAUGUCGUUAUAAAUCCAGCUGUUCAGUGAAGAUGUCAUGUUAAGGAACAAACAGCAUCAUGAAGAUCAAGGAACAACACAGCAGACAGAGUGAAGCUGGUUGGAAAACGAUAUUCCAGACUAGAUGCAACGAAGCACACAAUGUGGGAGCUGCAGAGAUCCUAAGAUCAGUUUGCAGAAUCCUUCAAUAAUCAUACAUUCUGCAAACCUGUCUUUGGCGGAAGAGUGGCGAGAAAAACGCCGCUGAUAAAAGAAAAUGGUAAGAAGUGUUUACAGAUUGACACGAGCCAUGUAGGAAACAGCAAAAUUGAGGAAGAAGUCGUUCCUGUCUUUUGAGGCCAAACUUGAGCUUUAGAGUCUUCAUAUUAUUACGUUUGGCAGAAAAUGAACUUUCACAUCACUCCUAACGCACUACCUCCACAAUGACAGAUGGUGGCAGCAUGGUGCCGUAAUUUGUUUUUCUUUAUCAGGGAUAAGGAAAUGCAUGCCACACUUUUCAGAAUUUGUUAACAAAUGUGAAAACUCUGAAUCUUUUUCAUUGCCCUUCACAAUUAUGCACUAAUGUGUUGUUUAACACACAUAAAAUCCCAAUAAACCAGUUUGGCGUUACAUAAUAAUAAAAUGCAAAACGGUUUAGGGGUUGUGAUAAGUUUGUGUUGUUAUGUUGGAGCUUUGAUAAAGUAAAGAUUUCAAAAGGCAGUGACCAGAGGAACACAACUGACCUGAUGUGACCAGUAUGUUCACUUUCUGAUCAGCAGGGCGUGCUGUGACAAAUGGAAAUGAACUUUUCUAGCCAUAACGUAGAAAUGGCAACAAGUCAACCCAUGAGCAAAUUCCUUAUCGCUUUAAAACCAGUAAAUAAAAAUUACAGUAAAAAAAAGUAUUGUCAUUUGUUUAAAAAUGUAUGUGCACACUUAUGUCUGUUUACAAUGAUGGUAAAUGAUUCAAUGAAAGCAGGCAUAGUUGUAUUUUGCAAACAUUUUUCCAAACGUGGGAACUAUUACAGAAGAAAAUUUCCAGAUUUGUGCCUCUAGAUCUGACAGUACUGUCAAAUAUAUAUA